CCAACUGGCUAUUAUUGUUACACUUUGUCGUGGACGUUUUGAGUCAAGAUGGCUUCUGCGGAACAGGUCGGUCUGAACAAAACUUGGGAAUUAUCGCUUUACGAGCUUCAUCGUACGCCACAGGAUGCGAUCACGGACAACACAGAGAUCGCGGUUAGCCCGCGAAGUUUACACAGUGAGCUCAUGUGUCCGAUUUGCCUGGACAUGCUCAAAAAGACCAUGACCACGAAGGAGUGUCUGCAUCGUUUCUGUUCCGAUUGUAUCAUUACGGCACUUCGGAGCGGUAAUAAGGAAUGCCCAACCUGUAGGAAAAAGUUGGUAUCUAAGAGAUCUCUUAGACCGGAUCCCAAUUUUGAUCUGUUAAUUUCUAAAAUAUAUCCAAGUCGUGAUGAAUACGAAGCGCAUCAAGAGAGAGUAUUGGCAAAACUCAAUAAGUCUCAUUCGCAGGCAGCAUUAGUGAAUUCUAUUACAGAAGGGAUUAAGUUGCAAAGUCAGAAUCGUCCUCAGAGGUCCAGGAAAAAUGCGAAUGAGUCUGAGAACGCCAGCAACGCGACUUCUUACAACAAUUCACAGAACGCCAGUGCGCCAGCCACGCCAAACGCUGCUAAUUCCGCUAAUCAAAGCGAUUCCUCCCAGAGCGCCACGGGACCUCUGAACAAUAGUAGUGGGGGUAAUUCUCAAAAUUCCAAUAGCGUCUCCCAACCCGCCAGUAGUCCUGCUGUCUCUGGUAACGUCGCUGGGCAAAAAUCUAAUUUUAAAGACACCGCCGACGUAAGUGAAACUGAUCGUACGUCUGCUUCAGGCACCACGUCGAGAAACUCUACCACACCGUCGCCAAAUCCAGCGAAUCAGAUACCAAAGCCGCCGAAACGACAGAAAAGUUUACAAAACUCGGAAAACGAUUCGUCGAGCGCAGAGGCUGAAACAGGCGGCGGGGAUUCCAUGGUAGAUACGGAAGGUGAAGGUCCCAGCGAGCCAUUGAUGCUAAACGAGAUCGAGCUAGUUUUUAAGCCUCAUCCCACAGAGAUGGCGUGCGACAAUUCGCUCAUCAAGGCUCUGAAAGAGAAUAGUAUUCGAUAUAUCAAAACCACAGCGAACGCAACAGUGGAUCACCUAAGCAAAUACUUGGCGAUGCGACUGACGCUGGAUCUCGACACAGAAUUGUCUGAGUCUGAUAGGCUAUUAAAUUUUUGUAUUUACAUAGCGCCCUCGCCGGGUCAGCUGGUUGUGCUGAGCGGAUCGCAGACGUUGCGGCAGGUGAACGACAAAUUCUGGCGUGUAAACCGACCACUGGAAAUGUACUACUCCUGGAAGAAGACCUAGGGAAGGCCUAGAAAGUAUCAAUCGGACGGGAGCUAGUCGCAAUUUAAGCUCCCCGGAAUCUUGCGACACAACCAUUCGUACUACGUGGAGUACAGAGAGCCAGUAAAACGCGUUUAUUAUAUCAGAAAGGACCGAUAUAUUUUACUGUACUUCAAUGAGCCUUGAUUGUUCUAAAAGCAAUCGGGGAUUGGGUGUACGAGGGAUGAAUUCCUCGUAAUGAACGACAGUGGUGCAAUUUUUAUCUUCUUGGGGGGACUGGUUGCUCGUAUAUCCUCGUUAAGGGAACGAUAGACAUACAGACAGGUUUUUGAUUGAAGCUCACCUUGGCAUAGGCCCGGAGUUGUUAACGUCUAUCGGGUUAAAAAAAAAAUGUUAAAAUACUGCCAUUUACCAGACAUUGCAUUGCGAAUGAAUCGAUAAGUGUUUCAUUCAAGAGAAUACGUUGCCGAACUUGUGACUCACUCGCGUGUAGUAUUUAUCAGGACUACGAGCCCUCUUCCGACAGGUAUAAGUUAAUCCGGUACGCCCAGUGAGAUAAUAUUUCCAUGAACCGAUGGCCUGAAUGGUUGAAGAACUAACUUAUUUAGUAAGCUCCGACUCGCUGUGGACCAUUCUGUAUAGUUUCACGAAGAAAUAAAUCAGUGUA